CCCACCACCAUCACCACCACCGCCCACCCCUCAAUAAUUGACCAUUUCUGUCGCGAGCCCGUCACGUGAAGCGCUCUCAGCGCUGUGACGUCACAGUCCACCGGGUUCUCGACGCUCGGGACAAUACAGGAUUCGCCACCCGCACCCCCCUCUCGCAGGAAUGGAACCCGUACCAGACGCCGACCCGGAGGCCGACCCGGAGGACGUCUCGCCCGGGAAGGGAGCGUCGACCUGCUGCCCGCGAUGCCACGUGGUGCACAAGUCGCUGUCUCGCUGGGUGCUGCCACCCGACAUCCGUGAGAAGUAUUUGGAGAGGGCCGACUGCCUGCCGCCGCCAAUUUUCAUCAUGCUCAUCAGCCUUCUGGAGCUGGGCGUGUUCAUCUACUACGCGGUGUGGAAACCCCAGAAGCAGUGGAUCACGCUGGACUCUGGUAUCUCCAACAGUCCCUUCAUCUACCGGCCCGACCGGCGGCAGGAGGCUUGGCGCUUCGUGUCCUACAUGCUGGUGCACGCUGGGGUGCAACACAUCGUCAACAACUUCAUCGUGCAACUGAUUCUCGGGAUUCCUCUGGAGCUGGUGCACAAGGGUCAUCGCGUGGGGCUUGUGUACCUGGCGGGGGUAGUUGCCGGCUCACUCGCCAGCUCCGUGUUCGACCCGUGUGUUCAGCUGGUCGGCGCGUCUGGCGGAGGCUACGCGCUCAUUGGGGGGUACUUCAUGAACGUCGUGGUGAAUUUUAAGGAGAUGAAGCCUCUGUUUGGAGUAUUCCGACUUCUCUUCAUCGGCAGUAUAGUGCUAUCAGAUGUCGGAGUGGCCAUUUACAGGAGAUUUAUUGCCAAAGAGAUUGCGCAACAGGUGUCGUUUGUGGCUCACAUAGCGGGCGGGCUGGCGGGCGUGUCCAUGGGCUACGUGGUGUUCACCAGCUACGACCAGAGCCUCGUGAAGGACCCUCGCUUCUGGGUGUGCCUCGUCGGCUUCGCCAUCUGCACCCUGGCCGCAGUCGCCUUCAACAUCUGGCUCUCGCCAGCCGUCGAUUGCUUCCGUUGAGGCGUCCGUCCGUCUGCCCGGCCGGACUGGCCGGCCUCCACACCACCGACCGUGUCGUGUGCGGCCACACCAAUCUGCCUUGCCAGCGAUGAACGCGGGAAAACUGCGGAGAUCCAACCUCGUCGUUAUUUAUAUGAUCCCGAGUCUCCCCCAGUGUCGUUUUGGAGUGGAAUUCAACAAUGACUUGCUUGCUCCCUGUGGUACAACUUUGAGCCGGCAAGGAUUGGUUUAUAUUUUUUUUUAUUGUUGUGAACGUAUUACUCUUUUAUACAGUAAAAGUUGGAUGGGGCCAAUAAUAAUGUAUUUUAACUAAUUUGAACUUGCAACGGUUGUUCUUUUUUUUAAUAGCUUUAACGGAGCGUAACACAAAAAUUGUAGAUAGUUCGUGAUCGACAAUUGGCUUUCACAUACAAUGUCAUUAUCAGGGGUCGGAAACCAAUAUAACAAGAGCCGUUUUUUUUUGAAUUCGGUAAAAAAAACCUCAACACUUGAACAGCCACAACGCAUGUAAAUACGCGACGGCGACCCUAACAUAAUAACGUCACGAAGCCGUCUUUAAAGAGCCGCAAUGUGGCUCUGGAGACACAGGUUGCCGAUACCCUGGUCACGAUGCAGAAUUUACGACGAUGAGCCAAGAAUGUCUGUGUGUCCCGCGCGUGACGUCACUCCACGUCGGCCAGCCCCCCUCAUUAAUAAUCAUGAACAGGUGACGUCCUCCACAUGGAUCCCUGCCCCUCAUUAAUAAUCAUGAGCAGACGACGUCACUCCACAUAUAGCACCCCUCCCCCUCACCAAUAAUGAGCAGGUGACGUCACUCCACAUCGAACAGGCCCCCACAUCAAUCUUCCAAAUGGACACCCCCUCCCAUUCAUAUUUAGUGGGUGACGUCACUCCCCCUUACAACCCUCACGACAAAGGCAGAACCCUCACGUCACGUGAUCUCCGUACUGCUGUUGAGACAUCGAAGUAAAAAGGACGUCAUGAUGAACAAGGGAUUAUAACCUUUAAAUAAAAUGUCUGUAGUCACCGCGGCCUUACAAAUUGCACACGAAUUGAUGCAAUAUCACUUCACGCUCUGCUUUUCGCUUGCAAGUUUCAGAUCUACUGAAAUACACCCGUCCUUUGAUGGGCAAAAGGCUCGUUAGUUUUGUUUGGAUGAUAUCGUGUAGGUUAUGUCAGGAAGAUUAUCAUAAAAAAAAACACUGGCAUAGCUAGACGGAUCUGACCAAAAAUGAACGAAUUAUGUAUUGUCUGUUUACAUUCUCAAUUUUUGUUUGUUACAAAGUCUUGUUUUGACACAAGUAGUGCCAUUGUCGUCGUCACUCGAAAUCGUACAAUACACGUUUUCAUUAAAA